CUGAACCAACUCCACGCUGGUGUGCAACGUGUCUGAACAGUUGCCAGCCUAAGAGCUGGAGUCACCAUGGCGGCCGGAGUUGCAGCCUGGCUGCCUUUUGCCCGGGCUGCGGCCAUUGGGUGGAUGCCAGUGGCGAACUGUCCCAUGCCCCUUGCUCCAGCUGACAAGAACAAGCGACAGGAUGAAUUGAUCAUCCUCAAUGUGAGUGGGCGGAGAUUCCAGACCUGGCGGACCACACUGGAGCGUUACCCAGACACCCUGUUGGGCAGCACAGAGAAGGAAUUCUUCUUCAAUGAGGAGACCAAGGAGUACUUCUUUGAUCGGGACCCAGAAGUGUUCCGUUGUGUCCUCAACUUCUACCGCACAGGAAAGUUACACUAUCCUCGGUACGAGUGCAUUUCCGCUUACGAUGAUGAGCUGGCUUUCUAUGGUAUCCUUCCGGAAAUCAUCGGAGACUGCUGCUAUGAGGAGUACAAAGACCGCAAGCGGGAGAACGCCGAGAGGCUCAUGGACGACAACGACUCGGAGAACAACCAGGAGUCCAUGCCCUCGCUCAGCUUCCGCCAGACCAUGUGGCGGGCCUUCGAGAACCCCCACACCAGCACACUGGCCUUGGUCUUCUACUACGUGACUGGCUUCUUCAUUGCUGUCUCCGUCAUCACCAACGUGGUGGAGACCGUGCCAUGUGGCACAGUGCCUGGGAGCAAGGAGCUACCAUGUGGAGAGCGCUACUCGGUGGCCUUCUUUUGCCUGGACACGGCCUGCGUCAUGAUCUUCACAGUGGAGUACCUCCUCCGGCUUUUUGCGGCGCCCAGCCGCUACCGGUUCAUCCGAAGUGUGAUGAGCAUCAUUGACGUGGUGGCCAUCAUGCCGUAUUACAUUGGUCUGGUCAUGACCAACAACGAGGACGUGUCUGGCGCCUUUGUCACACUCCGGGUCUUCCGCGUCUUCAGGAUCUUCAAGUUCUCGCGCCACUCCCAGGGCCUGCGGAUCUUAGGCUACACACUGAAGAGCUGUGCCUCCGAACUUGGCUUUCUGCUCUUCUCCCUCACCAUGGCCAUCAUCAUCUUUGCCACUGUGAUGUUUUAUGCUGAGAAAGGCUCCUCAGCAAGCAAGUUCACGAGCAUCCCUGCCUCCUUUUGGUACACCAUCGUCACCAUGACCACACUGGGAUAUGGAGAUAUGGUGCCCAAGACAAUUGCAGGGAAGAUCUUCGGGUCCAUCUGCUCCCUGAGUGGCGUCCUGGUCAUUGCCCUGCCGGUCCCUGUGAUUGUUUCCAACUUCAGCCGGAUUUACCACCAGAAUCAGAGAGCUGACAAACGUAGGGCACAAAAGAAAGCCCGCCUUGCCAGGAUCCGUGUGGCCAAAACAGGCAGCUCCAAUGCCUACCUGCACAGCAAGCGCAAUGGACUCCUCAAUGAGGCUCUGGAGCUGAUGGGCACCCCAGAGGAGGAGCACAUGGGAAAGACCACCUCGCUCAUUGAGAGCCAGCACCAUCACCUGCUGCACUGCCUGGAAAAAACCACUAACCAUGAGUUUAUUGAUGAGCAGAUGUUUGAGCAGAACUGUAUGGAGUCCAUGCAGAACUACCCAUCCACAAGAAGCCCCUCACUGUCCAGCCAUCCAGGCCUCACGACCACCUGCUGCUCCCGCCGCAGUAAGAAGACCACACACCUGCCCAAUUCUAACCUGCCAGCCACCCGCCUGCGCAGCAUGCAAGAACUCAGCACUAUCCACAUCCAGGGCAGCGAGCAGCCCUCCCUCACUACCAGUCGCUCCAGCCUUAAUUUGAAAGCAGACGACGGACUGAGACCAAACUGCAAAAUGUCCCAGAUCACCACAGCUAUCAUCAGCAUCCCCACUCCCCCAGCGCUAACCCCCGAGGGGGAAAGUCGGCCUCCCCCUGCCAGCCCGGGCCCUAACACGAACAUUCCCUCCGUAGCCAGCAACGUUGUCAAGGUCUCCGCCUUGUAAAGCCACUGGACAGAGGGUCAGAGGGUAGUGGGAAGCAAAGGGGGCUGGCAUGUUGGUGGG